AGAUCAAAGUUAAAAGUAUUCGGAUAGAGAUUUUGCUUAAAUUUUUAUUUAUUGCUAGUUUGUUUAUAUUCUCUUUGUCUUUAUCAUGUGCAAACUCUCAAAUUUCGAUCCAUUUGAAUGUUAAACCAAAAACUUAGAAUAUUUCCCAAGAUACAAGUUUGAGUCGAUUAACUGAAACAUGGUUAUUUGAUUUUCAGGGGACCAUCAAAUCAAUGCGUUUUCUCAAAAUGAGUACUGAACAGCACACUUCAUCAAAUCAACGCUCGAUUUAUCAGAAAAACGUAUCCGAUUAAAUUUGAUUAGUGAUUAAAAUGAAAUAAUAAUUUAAAAAAAAAGUAAACAUAAGGUUCCAUCCACAUGGGAUGCUUCCACUUUCCAGUUAAUUCGAUCCGGCUGUGCUCGGUGCGUACUAGAUUUUUGUUUUGAAAACUGAGCUCUAUAAUGAUGGCGACACCAUUUUGAUUUUUAUGAACCAAACCAAGCAUAAUGUCAAAACAGCACCGAAAUUUUAGAGUUUUUUUUUUUUGAAAGCACUAGUGAUACACGGUAUUAAAGUAGAUUUUGUAAUAAAUAAGUGUGUUCAUAAUAACCGGAAAAUAUUGAAACAAAAAACAAUUUAAAGUCAAUAGAUCGGGCGAUAUUCUAAUAAAAUAUCGUUACAUUCAUUGCGUCAAUUGUUAAUUGAGUGAAUACCGCAUACAUUUGAUAUUUUGAAUGGAAUGAAAAAAAAAAAAAUUGUGACAAAGCAUAGUUUCGCAUUGAAUAUUUACUAGAUCAGUUGUUCGGUAGCCCAGACUAUUUUUGUUUCGAAUUUCGUGCAUGUGUGAGAAACAGUUAGCGCUCGUGUAAAUCACAUCGGAAGACCUAAUAUCGACACAAAAUGAAGCGACAUGGAGAUGAUAUGGCCAAUAAAAAUAAACGAUUCUCAUUCACAAGCGAUAAUCGUCCACCAUUGCAGCCGUCACCUUCAAGCAGCAGCUCAUACUAUUCAUAUCAAUCACCAAUGUGGGUCGAUCCACGUACCGAUCCAAAAAACCAUGCAAAUAUGAAUAUGUUCCAGCCGCAAAAUAUGAUGAUGCAGUGGAGUAGUCCAAGUGCGGCGAUAUACAAUCCGAUGCAGCCACCACCACCUCUGCCUUUGAAUAGACCACCAGAGCUAGAAACACCCCCACCUCCUCCACCGCAUAAUUCGAUGAACCCUCGCAGAAAUGCGAAUAUGAAUAAUAAUAUGCGUCGCACACCUAGGAAUUCACUUCGGCCAGAUCAACAAGGGUAUAUGAAUUUAGGACCGUAUAAAAAGAACCCAAAUCAUCAAAAUCAACAAAAUCAUCAAAAUCAUCAGAAUCAUCAGAAUCAUAAUAAUCAGAAAAAUGGUCCUAAUUCCAAUUCAAAUAUGGGACCAGGCACAUCGACUAAACCUAACAAACCGAACGAUGGCAAAGUAGACGAUAGUGCUCCGAAACCUGCACUUAAGGUUAACAAAAAAGCUCGCAGAAAACCAAUGUCUGAGCGUUACACAUGCAAAAAAGAAUGGAACAAAGAAGACGCGCAUAAAGCAUUGACAUUGGAAAAUGCAUACAACCAUUUGAUUAAAAAAGUUCCAAUGUUAAUUUUACGAUUCCCCGAUCCAGAGCUCAAUAAAGCAUUAAUUCACUCAUAUUCAUCCGCAAUUGAAACAGUUCAUUUUCAACAACCAUCCCGAGCCCGAUACUGUUUCGUACAAUUGAAACCUGAUGCCGAUAUCGAACAAGUGAAAAAAGAAAUUUCACAAAUUGAAUUUGGCACCGGUAAUAUAUCCGUGGAAAAUAAAAUAACUCGUCACGAAGUUUCUGAAGUAACGCCCGAGCAACUAGAUCCAUAUACACUGUACGUUGGAAAUUUACCAACGAAAUUAAAUGUUACAAUUUUCAAAGAAAAAUUUCCAACGGCCAAACGAAUCGAUAUCGGAUAUGCUCAACGUACAAAAUUUACGCGUUACGCAUUUUUGCAUUACGAUUCUGUCGAAGAUUCAAUGGAAGCAUUUAAAAGUACAUACAAUUUAACGAUCGACGCUCGCAGUUUGGUCGUUCGAUUUCGACGUAACAAAGGAAGUGUUGGUUUAUCGGAGAAGGGCAAAAAGACCAAAAAGGAGGAAGGAGACGGUGUUGAUGGUGACAAAAAAGAAGUUAAGAAACCAUCCGGUGCUCCGCUCUUCGAUGAUGAGAUGGUGGAUAACAAAGCAAAUGUCAAAGAAAAGGCUGAAGAGUUACGGAAACAAGGCUAUGGACUCAAUGCAGCAACUGAAGAUAAUCUACUUGGCACUAAUGUUAAACAAGAGCCACUCUCUGACGACGAAUGUCAUUCCGAAGAUGGGUACGGAUACGAUGGAGACAACGAUCCAUUCGAUGAAGAAGACACCUUUGUUCAUAGUGAUUAUGAUGGCAGUGAUAAUGAAUACGAUGAGGAUAACAACGAGUACGACAACUCUGGAUCAAAAGGCUACGGAUGUCAACAUUGGGAACGAAAAAAUCAUCCAGACUUGACAAAUGUGAAAGAGGAAAAACCUGACGAUUAUGUUGCACCUCCACAAGAGAUACCAGAAAGUAAGGCCCCUGACACCGACAAAGACAACGACGAUCUGGAUGAUUUGUUCAAUGGUUUGAAUCCAGACGAUGGACUGGAUAUUGGAUUGGACGAUUUUUAAGCAACAACUAGCACAACACAUACAUAACGACACACUGUUUAUGUAUUACGUGCGAUUCAUUAUUCACUGAAUUGACUAUAUCCAAUAAUUUCAUUUUUUUUGUUUUCGAAGUUAAAAUUUAAAAUAUGUAUUUGAAUGGAUAAAUUAAAAAAAAAAAUUGAUAAUAUUAAAUUGAUGAAUAAAAAACACGCAGAAAUAAAGGAAAGGAAAGAGAUGCAUAAA